AUGCCUCAAUUUGGAUCAAAUCAAGAAGCGCAGCGAGUGCCAUGGGAUAACAAACCUGCUUUGAAGCAGAUAACACUCCGAGCGACCAUUGCAGGUAUCACUAUAGGAUCUUUGGUACUAACAUCAAACUUCCAGUUUGGCCUGCAAACUGGCUGGGUCUCCAUGAUGUCUUUACCAUCGGCAUUAUUAGCGUGUGCUUUUUUUAAGAAUGUCUGGCCGCUGAUAUUCCCUAAUGACAGACCAUUCAGUGAUGUGGAAAAUGUAUAUGUACAGAGUAUGGCUGUAGCUGUUGGAACAGGUCCGUUAGCCUUUGGAUUUGUCGGCGUUAUACCUGCCAUCGAGAAGUUUCUUACAAACCACGAGAGUGGCGGGUUAAGAGAACAAGGACAGUCGUUUACCUUUAGGGAAUUGUUAAUAUGGUCCACCGCCUUGGCUUUCUUUGGUAUUUUCUUUGCAGUCCCUCUUAGAAAGCAAGUGAUUGUCAGAGAAAAACUUCCCUUUCCCAGUGGCAGCGCCACGGCAACUUUAAUUUCAGUACUAAAUGGGACAGAGAUUUUACAAGAAGUUUCCAAGUCAGAGUUAUUGGAAAUGAGACAAAGAAGAUUAAAUGAAUGUCCUGAGGUAUUGCAACCGAAUGGAGACCCAGAAGAGGUAGAUUAUUUAAUAAACUCUUCUCGUAGUGAUCUUGGCGAGUAUUCGGCAACCAGCCAAGAUGAUAAUUCCAUCCUUUCUAGUGGUUCUGAAAACUACAGAGCAAAUAUUAUUAUUUUGUUCAAAACCUUUGUUGCUUCAUCACUCUACACCAUGGUCUCGUACUUUAUACCAGUAAUACGGUCUAUUCCGGUAUUCGGAAAAUACCUCUCGAACAAUUAUCUCUGGAAUUUUCAACCGUCACCUGCAUAUAUAGGUCAAGGAAUAAUAAUGGGUCUUCCAACAGUUUCGUACAUGCUCAUAGGGUGUUUCCUAGGGUGGGCGGCGUUAGCUCCACUAGCAAAAUACAAAGGGUGGGUGCCACCGGAUGCUGAUGUCCAUGACUGGGAAAAUGGUGUACAAGGAUGGAUUCUUUGGUCUUCCCUUUCAAUUAUGGUUGCUGACAGUGUUGUCGCUUUCAUUGUAGUGACAGUAAAGUCCAUUGUAAAAUUCAUUCUCAUAGAUGAUAAAGCCGCUCUAUUGAACAACAUCAUUGAUGACACAUUUCAAUCCAUGCUACUAGAAGAGGAACGUGCCAUUAAUAGCAGCAGGAGAAAUACAAACGUGGAUGGAAGACAAGACACCGUAAGAUUAGUGAGUAGAGAGAACGAAAUCGAAGUAGAUUCUAAGCAUCUGGUUCGCUAUACUACCGUUAUCAGCGGAUGCUUAGUCUCCUCAAUAAUAUGCAUAGUUUCCAUAAUAUAUCUUUUUGGCAUACAAGUUAUCCCUCUAUAUGCCAUCAUUACUGCAUUAAUACUUGCAUUGUUUCUAUCUAUUCUCGGUAUUCGAGCACUUGGAGAAACUGAUUUGAAUCCUGUGAGCGGAAUAGGUAAGAUUUCUCAACUGAUAUUUGCUUUCAUUAUACCUAGGAAUAGGCCUGGAUCUGUUUUGAUGAAUGUCGUAUCCGGAGGUAUUGCAGAAGCUUCUGCCCAACAGGCAGGCGAUUUAAUGCAGGAUUUGAAAACAGGACACCUCCUUGGUGCCUCUCCAAGGGCUCAAUUCUGUGCCCAGCUGAUAGGUGCCUGUUGGUCUAUUAUUCUGUCUAGUUUCAUGUACAUGUGCUACAAUAAGGUUUAUACUAUUCCAAGUGAACAAUUCAGGAUACCGACGGCAGUAGUAUGGAUUGACUGUGCAAGACUGGUAACUGGUAAAGGCCUCCCGGAGAAGGCCUUAGAAUGUUCCAUGAUUCUCGGCGCCAUAUUUGCUGUGUUGUCCCUAAUCAGAAACACUUACAGGGAUUAUGGCUAUGGAUGGAUAUUAUAUAUUCCCUCCGGGGUAGCAGUUGGUGUUGGUAUAUUCAAUUCUCCCAGUUUUACCAUUGCUAGAUUUAUCGGAGGAUGGGCGUCACACCUUUGGCUAAAAAGCCAUAGGGGUGAUUUGAAUGCAAAGACAAAAAUGAUUGUAUUUAGUUCCGGAUUGGUCCUAGGCGAAGGUAUCUUUAGCGUGAUGAAUAUGGUCUUCACCUGCUUGAAUAUUCCCCAUUAUUGA